CAUUCCUUUAAUAAUUAUUAUAUUAUUGCUGAGGUAGGGUGGAGGUGGAUUCAGAGGGUGCUGCUUCUUGGGGUUUAGGGUUUGUGGGUUCACCCUUGCUCAGGUUCCCUCUCUGGGGUUUCCAGGUGGGGUGACUCACACAGGCAGGUGACUCACCUCCCUCUGGGUCCUCUCCUUGGGUGGGGAGUUGAUUUUUGGGGUGGUGGCAGCAGUGCUGGGGUAGGGACUAAGGUAAAAUGUGUCCCAGUGGGAUGAGUGCUGGGCCCAUGACUGGUGAUAGUCUGUGGGUGCAUGUGGGGCUUAGCACCACUCAGCCUUGGGCUUUUUCCUUUGAGAUUUGGCCACCAAGGGGCCAGCUGGUGUUCCCUGCUUGGUGGAGAGAAAGGCAGCUGAGAUGGUGGGGGAAUAUGGGGCAGAGCCCAGUGUCUCUUGAAUCCAUUGCAUUUUUUGGGCACAGGCUGCCCAGGUUCCUCUGGCUCUCAGCACCGUGUUUGAAGAGGGGCUGGGGGCCUUGCAGGAAGAUCCUGCCUGCUGCUGUACCCCCAAAAUUCUUCCCAGGGCUCACAGAUGGAAAUCCUUGAGGAUGAGAAGGCCCUUAUGUCAAGGGGGCAAAGCCAUCAGCCCCGCCCCCAUUUGAAAUGGAUUUGUGUUUUGUGCUACUGUGCUCUGGUCUGUUGUUUUACUGAAGGUGGUGCAACACGUGUGGAAGCCACAGCCAGGUGGAGGUGUGCUCAGUGUCCAACAGGAGCUCUUCAAAGACCUCUGGGGCACAGUGGCUGUGUGGGCAUGGGGUUCCCCAAAGCCUGAUAGGUGCUGGUGGAUGUUGGGGGAUCUCCUGACCUUCAGCUCUCCUUUCCAAGAGACUCAAAGGUCCCUGGGGAGGUGGAAGCAAACAGCAGUGUGCUGAGCAAGGAGUUGAAUUCAGCCCUAGGGCACAGCUGGGUCAUGGUGGCAUUGAUGAAGGGGUGUCUUGACUGGCCUUAGCAUGGAGUGUUGAGGCUAAAUGCAGUGGGGGGGACGUUUUUGGGGGUCAGAGGACAUGGGACUUUUCCCUGAGAGAAAUAUCUCCCUUCAGGCAUGUAGACAUGGGGGUGUUGUCCCAGUUAACUUUCAGGCAAGUGGGGGAGGGUGCCACCAGGGUUGUGUUUUGCUGUUAUUCAGGAUGAGGAGACAGAUGGGAGAGGGAAGAACCCAUUCAGCACUGGGACUGGACCCUGGGCCCCUACCUUCUGGUGUCACAGGGGGUGUGGGACACUUCCUGGGUCACCUCCACACUGUGCUGGCCACCAACUUGGCCAUGGUGACACUGCAGCAGCAGGGGGAUGGUUUAGUGUCCACGCUAGAGGUCCUGGCAUUGUCCUCUAGGCAGGCAGGGGAGAGCUGGGGAAAUCUCCUGUGUCAGGAGCAGCUUGUCAGAGAGCUGGAUGGGCCUGCAGGCCCUGGAGACCUCCCAGAUUCCUGGGGAAUGGAACCAGACUAACUGGAGCCCAUCUCUCACAUGGUGUUGUGGAGGACCUGCCAGGCAUUGGAGGAGUUGAGGAUGAUGAGGAGAUGAAGGCAGUGUCAGUCAUUGGCCACCACCAGCAGCACCAGGGGAACAAGACCUGGGAAAGGACAAAUACAGGGGGGGAUUUUGGGGUGGAAAAAUGACUUGUUUGGUAAAUUUAACUUGUAAAAUAAGCAUGAGUGGCAAACAUGGAUGUGUCAUUUAGACUGGAAAUGAGGAUGAAAACAGGUCUGGGUGCUGGUGAGGGCUGGGCACUCUGAUACGCAGGCAGUGACGGCAUGUGGUGAUGUGGGAGGGACACCCUUGGGAGGGCUUGGCUUCCCCUCCCGGCAGUCCCGGCCCAUUUACCCUGCUGUGCUUUCACAUUCCCCAGCAGAGGCUGGAGCUGGGGCACGUGGGUGUUUGGGGAGCUCCUCGGUGGGUGCCCCUGCCCUCAUUUCCACCCCAGGGCAGCUUCACUGGGAACUGCUCCUGGAUGUGGAAGCUGUGAGGAUGGAUCAGCCUCGUCAUUCACCACAGGUCCCAUUAGACUGCAGAGUGAACAUGCUGCGUUCUACCUGUGCUUUCCCACCCAGCUAAUCCCAGAAGAUCUUUCUUUGCCAAACCCAGGGGCUGAUGUAUCCCUUUCCCUGCUCUGGUGCUGGACUCCUGCAUUCCAGGAUCCUUUCCCCACUGAUGGGAAUGAGGGCUUCUCCUCCCUAUUAUCACUUGGCCUUGCUUGCUGCAGGUGUGUGUCUCCAGUGGAGAGAGCCAGUAAUAGGAGAGGUGUCCCACUGGCAGUUGGUGGCUGAGCAGUGUGCUGCCCAUUAUGGCUGGUUGGUUUAGGCGGCUUCUGCACAAGCCAAAGCCGAGCUCAGUGGAAAGCCUCAAGUCCAGCCACUCUGCUUCAUCCUCACCUUCUUCCUCCUCCUCCUCUGCCAAGAGCUCCAGCUCUUCUCCUGGCACAAGCUUGACCUCCAGCUCCUUGUCGCCUGUGUCAGCAGUGGACAUCAGCGCCUCUGACAGCCCCCGGUGGGACAAGAGCUAUGAUGUGUGCAUCUGCCACAGUGAGGGGGACAUGGAGCUGGUGGAGGAGCUAGUGUCCUACCUGGAGGGCCAGCCAGAGAGCUUCCGGUGCUUCCUGCAGCUGCGGGACGCGGUGGCGGGAAACGCGGUGGUGACAGAGCUGUGUGACGCCGUGCGGAACAGCCACUGCUGGGUCAUGCUCAUAACCCCCGGCUUCCUGCAGGACCCCUGGUGCAGGUACCAGAUGCACCAGGCCUUGGCUGAGGCUCCCAUGGCCAAUGGGCGCACCAUCCCAGUGCUGAAGGACGUGGAUCGCAAGGAUUAUCCCAGGGAGCUGUGGAACAUCUACUACAUCUACAUGGCGCUGAAGGAGAAAAGCUUCAGGCAGAUCAGAGACACUGUUGUACGCUACCUCCAGGAACUGUGCCGGAGCUCCAGAAAAGGGACAGAGUAGUGCUGGGAGCAGGCAGACGCAUCCCCAUGGGCAUUGUGGAGCUGUUGCUGUUGGAUGUCCCGUUGGACCUUGAGGUCAAACCUGAGCUGCUGAGACAAGGAUGGAGAGUUCCCCACAUCCAUGAGGGACAGCAGACCACAGCCCACCACGUCCCAGUGGCCAAAAUUUCCUCAGCGGGACAGGGACAUCACACAAACACUAAGCUCUGACAUCGGGUGGUUCUCAGGGUCACAAGAGCUCUUUACUGUGCUGCCAUUUGCUGUCCUGAGGGCUCCGGAAUCUCUACUAAGCUGACAAGGCCCCUGCUGGGCUGUGGGCAAGACAAGAUGAGGCAGGCAGUGACUUCGCACGGAAUCGUUGAGACUACGAAAAUGCAGAAGUUUUAAGUUUU